AUGAACAAGCCAAAAUCACCUCCAGCACAUGUGAUGGCCAAAUACCUGACCGAGAAAAGUCUGAUGAUUCGGUGGAUGAAACCUAACACGAGUUUCGACACCCCAUGGGACAUUCGCAGGACGGAGAAAACGAGCGUGAGAGGCCGCCUCCAUUUGGAAAACUGCUGCAACAGGCCCCACCGGCCGUUGGAGUUGAAGCACCCACAGCUGUUGGCUGUACCGGUGGCCACAUUUGCCCGGCGGGCCGAGGCCGAUUAUUUUCUCAUUCCUUUCUGCCGGUACCGGUGCCGCACGUUCUUCUUUGAACAUCGGCGCCGGCCUGUUCCAAACCUGCCGAUGGCCGAUGUAGCCGAUAGUCCAACACCGGCGACCAACACCGGUGCGUACAAGGUGUACUAUACGAGCAACCCCGACCUGGUGAUGACGGAGUGGUCGAGCAUGAUGGAGAGUUCAUAUCGCACUUGGGGGGGGUUUACCAUAAUCAGUGACUUGAUGCCUUUAACCGUCUAUACCGUCCGUGUCCAGGCAUACACCAACAACGGGAUCACCCCGAUAUCAUUGCCUAUUCAAGUAAAAACACAAUACCGAGUCCCUUUGCAGCCAAACGACCUCCGCAUUGUAAACCGAACAACAAGAACUAUCAAAAUCAAAUGGGAUCCACCAAAAGCUUUAGACGAGGACCAAGAGCCCCUCAUCAGCUACGAAUUGUAUUGGAAUGACACGCAUUCAAAAGUUAAGCAGUACAAGAAGACUACUGCUAAUCGUGGAGGAAGAAUGGAUCAAAUUGGGGAUUGA